AUGCCCGCAUUUGAAGUUCUUGGCCCAUUGCAGAUAUCCUUGGGGCGAAUGGUCGGGGACAUCUCUCGAUUUAUGGUGCUGUUUGCUCUCGUUUUGUUCGCUUUCAUGGUGGGCCUACACAAUCUUUAUUGGUAUUACGGUGCACAAAAAUUUAAAAUGUCUGUGAAUGGCCAACCAGUCUAUGUACAUGCCGCAGGCGCAUUCCAAGGUUUACGACACACAUUUUAUAGUCUAUUUUGGUCAAUGUUCGGUCAAGUCAGUAUCAACGAUAUUAGUGUCAAGACGCCGGAAAUAGAUAGAGUUCAACAAUGUGUCGUAAUUGACAAUGACCGCAACAAAAUUAUCUGUACGGAGGACGCGUCUAACAAAACAACAGCAGAGCUGCUGGCGUCUGUAUGGUCGACUGGUAGUGGCAAUCUGCCAGUUGAAAAAAGUACAGCAAUUGUGGAAAGCGUCGGCAUGUUCCUGUUUGGUAUAUAUCACGUGGUAAUCAUCAUCGUCUUAAUAAACAUGUUGAUUGCCAUGAUGAGUCAUUCGUUUGAAGACAUUCAGGGAGAUUGUGACGUCGAAUGGAAGUUUGCUCGCACAAAAUUGUGGAUGAAUUACAUGGAUGAUGGCAGCACUCUACCCGUACCCUUUAAUAUGAUACCAACACCAAAAUCCUUUCUGUACACAUGGGCAUUUUUAAAAGAGCUCUUCAGUCCGCAUUCAGAAGGACUCUUUGAUUUAGAAAGAGCUCGAAAACAAACAUUUAUUAAGGUAACACACGCAGCAAUUUAA